CAACAGGUGCUGCUCUGGAUGAAUAUGAGGCUCAAACGAUUUCUUCUUAGAUAUUACCCACCAGGUAUCAUCCUGGAGUAUGAGAAAGGAGGCUAUUUGAGGACUAAAUCAAUCGACCUUCUGGAUUUGACUCCACAAACAAAUGUAGAAGAGUUGGUGUCAGAAAUCCGUCAGGUGGAGCCUCUGAUCACAGAGUCCCGGUCUGAACAGGUCAGAGAGCUGGUCCUUCGACUCCAAGAGAAACAAGGUCAGCAGGACCACCACAGGUUCUGCUUCUGUAAGGAGCUGAAGGCACACAUUCUACCACUGACAAAUGUUGCCUUUGACAAAUCUGGAUCAAGGUUCAUAACUGGGAGUUACGACAGGACAUGCAAAGUUUGGGACACUGCCUCGGGCACAGAGCUGUGUACCCUGGAGGGACACAGAAAUGUAGUAUAUGCAGUUGCAUUCAACAACCCUUAUGGAGACAAGAUUGCCACGGGGUCUUUUGAUAAGACAUGCAGACUGUGGUGUGCAGAAUCUGGCAAAUGUUUCCAUACAUACUUGGGACACACGGCAGAAAUAGUGUGCCUGGCGUUCAACCCCCAGAGUACACUGGUGGCCACAGGCAGCAUGGACACCACAGCCAAGCUGUGGGAUGUGGAAAGUGGACAGAAUGUGGCCACCCUAACUGGUCACACGGCAGAGGUGCUCUCGUUGUGCUUUGACACAGUGGGCAGUCAACUCAUCACUGGUUCCUUUGACCACACAGUUGCUAUAUGGGAUGUUGCUUCCAAAAGUCGUAUGCACACUUUGAUUGGUCACGUAGGAGAAAUCAGUAACGCUCAGUUUAACUGGGAUUGCUCCCUGAUAGUUUCAGGUUCCAUGGACAAAACCAGUAAGUUGUGGGAGGCUGUAGGUGGGCAGUGUGUUGCCACCCUGGCUGGACACACACAGGAGGUGUUGGACGUGUGUUUUGAUUUAAGUGGUCAGCUCAUCGCCACUGCUUCUGCUGAUGGCACAGCUCGAGUAUUCAGUGCAACCACACACGAGUGUCUCGUCACGCUGAGGGGACAUCGUGGAGAAAUUUCCAAGAUCUGCUUCAGCCCCCAGGGCAGCAGGGUCCUGACUGCCAGCGCAGACAAGACGGCACGAUUGUGGGACGUUCAGUCUGGAACCUGCCUUCAAGUCCUGGAGGGCCACACGGACGAGAUCUUUUCUAGUGUUUUUAACUACGAGGGUGACACAAUUAUUACAGGCAGCAAAGAUAAUACUUGUCGAAUCUGGUACUGACCUGUCGCUCAACCCAUCGGUGACUCGGG